CCUUGUCCAGCGGGUGGACGGCGUUGGGCACAUGGUGACGCACGGACCAGAGAGGGAUUUGGCUUGAGAGAAACGCGCUCCAAGCGCUUUUUAAGGACCCUUAUUAGUUUGUUUUCGGAUUACAAUAAGUGGAGUACCUCUGUGUCGGACCGUGCAAACAGGAUGGCGCAAAGGUACGAUGAACUGGCACAUUACGGAGGAGCCAUGGACGGUGUCGGCGUGCCCACGUCCAUGUACGGAGACCCUCACGCGCCCCGGCCGCUGCCCCAGGUGCACCACCUGAACCACGGGCCCCCUCCUCACCCCACGCAGCACUACGGAGCCCACGCGCCGCACAACAUCCUGCCCGGAAGCAUGGGCAGCGCCGUGAGCGACGCACUCAAGAGGGACAAGGACCACAUCUACGGACACCCGUUAUUUCCGCUGUUGGCGCUGGUCUUUGAGAAGUGCGAGCUGGCCACGUGCACACCGCGUGAGCCCGGGGUGGCGGGAGGUGACGUUUGCUCCUCGGACUCUUUCAACGAGGACAUCGCGGUGUUCGCCAAACAGAUUCGUGCAGAAAAGCCUCUAUUUUCAUCAAACCCAGAACUGGAUAAUCUGAUGAUUCAAGCUAUUCAGGUGCUACGCUUCCACCUGCUGGAGCUUGAGAAGGUGCAUGAGCUGUGUGAUAACUUCUGCCACCGCUACAUCAGCUGUCUCAAAGGGAAGAUGCCCAUCGACCUGGUCAUCGAGGACCGGGACAUGUGCAAGUCCGAUUUCGAUGAGCUGUCGGGCUCCUCCACAAACCUGGCCGACCAUAACCCCGCCUCUUGGAGAGACCUGGACGACGCCCACUCCACUCCUUCGGUGGGGACCCCAGGACCCUCCAGUGGGGGCCACGUGUCACAGAGCGGGGACAACACCAGUGACCUGGGAGAUGGUCUGGACAACAGUUUGGCAUCGCCCGGAACAGGAGACGAGGACGACCAGGACAAAAAGAGGCAAAAGAAACGAGGCAUCUUCCCCAAAGUGGCCACCAACAUCAUGAGGGCGUGGCUCUUCCAGCACCUAACGCACCCAUACCCCUCUGAGGAACAGAAGAAGCAGCUUGCACAAGACACAGGACUCACUAUUCUACAAGUCAAUAAUUGGUUCAUCAAUGCCAGGAGAAGAAUAGUGCAGCCAAUGAUUGACCAGUCCAACAGAGCAGUGAGCCAGGGCACAGCAUACAGCCCCGAUGGACAGCCAAUGGGCGGCUUUGUCCUGGACGGUCAGCAGCACAUGGGCCUGCGACACGGAGGGCCUAUGGGUGGCAUGGGGAUGAACAUGGGCAUGGACGGACAGUGGCACUACAUGUAGAGCUACGAGGCAGAGGCAAGCCUGACAACAGGGUAACAACGUCUCCAUGUUUGGCUCAGGGACCUUCCAUCUUCCAGAAGUGGAGCUCCUCCCACCAGACCACACCUUCUACUCUGACCACGCCCAUUUUGUGUGACUCCAUCCCCCCGUACCUCGUUUGGAGCGGAUCCUACACGCAGACUUUUAACGGAUCUGUCCCGAGCUUGAACUAAACUGACUUUGUGCUGGGGAGAAGCUUUAACUUAUUUAUUUAUUUGUCUUGACUGUGGAUGGAAUUCACAGUACAAAAAGACUAGGAGCUGUUGGAACAUUUUUGUCCUGAUCACGGCCCUCCUCACCAAGCUCCUCACACCAGUGUCUGCAUGGGGGUCACAUGGCACAAGAGAAGACACCCAAAAACAACCUUCUUCAGCCAUUUUGACAUUUUCACAAAGAGAAAAUAAUCCGCCAUAUAUAUGUACUUCUUUUUUUUAUACAACACAUUUUAUA